CGCGUCUGUGCUGUCCACACAAGGUCAUCUGCACGUGUACCGGCUUCUAGAAGUUCAUUCGUGUUGUUGCAGCUCUCAGGGACACGCUGCUGUAGAUUAGCUGUGGUUUAUAGACGCUGUUUACCACAAAGUUUCCCUAAACAUGGCGAGAGGAAGCCGCAGUCGUCCUUCAGCACCAGCAAGUGCUCCUGCUCAGUCCUACGCUCCAGCUCCGGUGGCUCCUCCUCCAGCAGCAGUGGCCACGGCUCCCGUCCAGCCCAAACAGCCAGGACUCAUGGCUCAGAUGGCCACAACAGCCGCAGGUGUGGCUGUGGGCUCGGCCGUGGGCCAUGUGGUGGGUAGCGCAUUAACCGGAGCCUUCAGCGGAAGCAGCUCAUCAGAAGCCCCAAAACCAGCACCUGCACAACAGGAGCCUGCACGAGCUGCUCCCCCUCAGGCCGGGCCAUGUCUUUUCGAAGUGAGACAGUUUCUGGACUGCGCUACCACUCAGACAGACCUCAGUUUGUGCGAAGGCUUCAACGAAGCUCUCAAACAGUGCAAAUUCUCCCACGGUGUUUCAUCGCUGGUGUGAAGAGCAUUUUGAAAGAACAGCAGUCCAGAAGACCCCCUUCCAGCACUACUAUGUACAUUGCUUCUGUUCUAGUUUUUGACUUGUGUGUAAGAUAAAAUAAAGAGCUGCUAUUCUUGA